AUGACACGUGUUGCUGCAUUGCUUCCAAACCGGCGACGUAAAACAACCACACUUAAUCAUUACUCACACGUACAGACCAAGCCACGUGAUCUGCAAGCACGUGUUCUGUCACCAACUCGCCGUCACAACCCCCAGCCACUGGGCUUGGUUUAUCAGAGUCCUCUGCAAUCAAAUGCUCAGGUUUGGCACUGGAUUUGUGUCUGUUUGACUGUUUUCAUUUAACAGAGUUUUAUAUAGAAGAUCAAUAAGAACGAUAAGUAAGUCAAUUACCUUCAAAGACCGUAAUUGUACCACUGUACAAUGAUGGAUCCAGUUCCGCCUUGAUUAGAAAGCUAAAGCAGCGACGUUUUAGAGCCGCGAACGUCAGACAAGAGACUUGUUGCACUCUUGAGCCGUGAUUUUCAACAAAAUUUUGGUCCGGUUGACGUGCCUUGCUCAAAACGUCACUGUUUAAACUCCCUUUGUAACAGAGCGGUUGUAAGUCUACUACUUGGAAUUCAGCGGUGUUGGGUGAAUAGGCGGCGAGGGGAGGGCUGUGCGCACAACCGUAUAGGUACAUGCCUGCAGGAUAAAUUAUGGUCUGUGAUGAGCUAUGUCCUUUAACAGGGUAUCCCUUUUGGUAAUGUUUUCCUGUGACAGGGUAACAGCACAGGACCUAACCCUAAUUUAAAAAGACCUGAUUAAAAGGACUCACUAAACCAUUCUAGAAUUUUAUGCGCUAGAGAUAUGCAAUGAAAUGUAAUUAACUGAAUAGUGGGAUGCAAUUUUUUCGUUUCUGGGCUUUUAAAAAAGGGGUAAAAUCUCAAUUUGAUUUUCAUUAAAUAGGUCAGGUCUUAACCAAGGCCAGGAAUUGAGGACCUUAGCGGCACACGCCUAUCAUAACAGUGACCGGAGUAUUCCCCGUGUUUACUGCUGGUAUUAAACGCUCCAAGUCAUCUUGAUGAUCUUAACUUGUUCACUAAAUCAUCAAAACAUUUUUAAAAUCAAAAAGGAGUUGUCGCGAGACAUUGUUAACCUGGUUUCCAGGGCUUUUUGUUUCGCUCUCCUUUUCCGAGGGAAAAGCCCUGGGAACGCGAUUGGAGACGUUUUAGCAGUAGGUACAGUACAAGUUGUAAUCCUACUUAUCAAAUCGUACACAAACUACUGUAAUUUUCUCUUAUACAUCUAGUUAACUAAAAAUUAACUGCUUUUUACCUCAGGACUAAGUUCUAUACCCACUUCUCUUUUUACAUUAUAUUAUUUAAAAUGACAUCUAAUAUUGUUCGAACAAACUCCAGACUCAAACUCGCCUCAUUUAUUAUUUUGGCGACAAAAUGUUCUUGCUUUCUUGUGUUUAAUUGAUCCAAGAAACAAGGGAGGGGUUCCCAGAACGAAGAAUGCUGACAAGCACUGACUUUUUUUUUCAAACAGCCCUACGCUAUAUGGAACCCAGACUUCCGCCACACUCGUGCGAGAUACCCAACACUUGUAGGACAUUUGGGUGAGUUGAUUUUAUAAUACUGAACAAAAUAAGCAGAUUAUAAAUGUCUAGAUUCCACUUAUUGUACAUAUUUUUGUAUAUUUUUCCUCUAACUUAUUUUUUAGAGGGCCGUAAUGUAAGUUAGAAAACUACAAAAGGUUAUUACGUCUCCCUCUUUAAAUACGAUGUAAAGCUAUUGUAUUGUAUUGUACUAUGGAAUCACGCUAUAACGAAGACCCCUUUAUAACGAGAAACAUCUGAAAGCCUGGCAGAAUUACGGUAAAAUAUUUGGAAACGAACCUCGCUAUAGCAAUAGAUUUUGACGGUCCCAACGCACAAUUUAUCUCGGUGUAACGAAUAUUUUGUCCGGUCGCUCGCAGCAGUCAGUAAAAACGACAGAUUUGAGUAGAAAUCACAUCUUGUUUUGUCUUGAUUGUCAGCGCUUUACACUUACAGUUUACAGUAUCAAAUGGAUAGAAAAAAAUUUUUCUACGUGCAGUACUGAAUUUUUGGCAAUUGCUAUUCAUUAAAUUAACCCGCUAUAACGAAUAUUUUUCCUGUUGUCCAGAUAAUAGCAAAGACCCCGGCGUUAUAACGAACAAUUUUUUCGGUACCUUGGAAAUUGGUUAUAGCGGGGUUCCACUGUAAUGUACUUAUCAAGGGGCCUUCUUAGUUUGUACCCACUUCUCGACACCAUCGUUAUAAUCCUUGCUCUCUCAGGUCUCCCCGUUCCUGACCGUAGGAGAUCUGGCUACUAGAUAAGCCCCUUCCACCUAUCUCGUGCCUAGAUUUCCCACCUACAAACAAACGGCAGCGAGAUAUUGGCCUCCCACGCAGACGUUCUUAGGGCGAACGACGAACCAAAAAAGUGUUUGCGUGAAAGGCUAGUGAGAUCUCAGUGAGAGAAAAGUUUAUGAUAACAGGUUUCAAAUUCUUUUCACCACUCUCUCGUGCACACUCCGACGAAACAGCUUGCUAGCCUACGCAGACUUGCGUAAGUUGACAACAAGGAAAAAAACGCGCGAAACGUUAAAAGGGCCAUCUUACAUCUAUAUAUCUUGAUUAGAGGAGCCUUAUGCAAAAAGAUCUAGUUAUUACCAAAUAAAAUGAGUUUUGGGCAUGCACCAAUUUUUAAUACUAAUGAAUGGACUUUGGAGAAUUAAAGGGUAUUUGUUUGGUCUGUGCUUUAAACCAUGCAUUUGUAUUGCUUGACAGCUGAAUACCUUUUUUCUUUUAUUCCUUCCCGCUAUAGAUUUGACUAACUUCUCUAGUGGCUCCAUAUCUCAAAUGACUCCAUUUGAAGAGAGAGGUACGUCUGCUUAUAUACAAACUCCUAAAAAAUCAAAACUAUCUCUUGGAAACGAAGUUUACUCAAUAGUCUUAGAUUUUAAAAUUCCAAACAAAAUCAUCGCAGGCUUGAAGUCAUAAAGGCCAGUAUAUAAUAUACUACGCUGUAAGUAAGAAGUAAGUUGCCAGCUUCCGUUCACAGCGUAAAUUUCGCAGAUGCGUCUUCAUUAUCUUUAGUACCGGAAAUUUGUUGGUUCCAUUAAAAAUGACUUCCUGAGGAUAAAAAAAAAACAUACCGAAGUAAUGAAUUAUACAAACUGUGUUAGAUAUAAGGAAUAACAAAAGCUAUAAGAAGCAGCGAAAGGAACCAAAACAGUCACCUGAACUCAUUUGUUUGUACAUGUCUCUUUUAAGCUUUGUUUUAGUUGCUACGAUAGAAGCUAAUCUCAUUCUAAGGUCCUAAUCCCAGCCAACCUUCUCUUCUAAUAGGGGGUCCCCCAACAAUCAACUAUAGUCUCCAGUCCACUUCACGCUUUAGUUAUAGAGAUCCUUCCCAGUAUACUUUGGGAGGAGGAAAGAAGUGGCCUACCCAUCGUCCCUAUCGACGUGAGCCAGACGGUCCUGCUCUUGGCAUAAGUAAGUGGAGAUGAAGAUGUCUUUAAUCUUCUAGUUUGUGAUCUGAUGGGACCUUUAGUAAAGUAGAACGUAAAUUUUAAUUUGGAUUGACAGAGGAAUGAUUCUUUAGGACUUACUUCUGUAGCUGUGACAAGUUGACACUUCUCGAUAUUUUUUCUCUAAACAAGUGUCCUGUUAGUUGCAAUACAUAUAUAUAUUUUUUUAACUAUGUGUUUGAAGUAAUUAUGGUUGACUAAAAGCAACUGUUUAAGCUCACUAACGAGAAUAUGGUCAACAAAAAGGAGAUCGGUGAUCCAGCGUUAGGUGAAAUUUUUUCGACACCAUUUAAAACAAAUUUGCAGCAUUUUUACCACGGUCAGGAUACUAAAGUAGCAGUUAACCUGGAAAGCAUGUCACAGCUACAUGGAAGCUUCAACUAUUGCCAGGCUGAAUGCUUUUUUGAUGGAGUAUUUUAAACUAACUUUGAGUUCUUUUUUUCCACACAGUUCCUCCGGGUCUCCCUAGAUUGUCAGAGGAAAGAAAUGUAGUCAAUGUUCGUCAGGGAACCGAACAGGUAAUCCUAGCAAUUCUGGGCCAUUUAAGCAACUGCGGCCUUAGUUUAGGUUAUGGUCCGACUCGUAACCAAGCGCGUAAAGGAAGAUCUUGGCCAUGGAGGAUCGAGGGCAAUCUUAGAAGCGAGUUCUCGAAGCUCGCAUGGCACCCCUGCUUUGUACGAGGCAGCGUUAAAAAUCCUUUAAAACUCUAUUAGUUUGAAAACGUGCACUUCUAAUCUAUUCACGAUUUAAUGAUGCUCCUUCUACUUUAUCGGGACAAAAAUGAAAAGAAGUUUAAAGACGUUAAUUAGCAGAAGCAACCACGACAGUGAUGACAACGAAAACGCAAAAACAACAACCCUGCACGUGCAUCAUAAUUUUUGAUACUUUUCUCUGCCUUCAAUGCAAGACUAGGACGUGAAAUUUCGUUGCUUACUAAAGUUCUAUAGAUAAUGCUAACAAAAGACGACGAUUUUUUUUCCUUUUCUAAAGUCGUAUGCAGUCUUGAAAAUGCAAUUCCAGAAAAAAAAUCGCCUUCGUUUGACUAAUUGAACGAGGCAGAAUAAUAGCUGUGAAGUUUGAAAAGACAGUAAAACUACUUUUUAAUUGUCGUUUCCGCUGCCGCCGCCAUCGUAGUACAAUUAAGCUCCCUAUCAACUUCGGAAGUGAACAGGGCCAAGUUGUUUAAUAAAGGGAGUGCUAGCUCUAAAUCUGGGUUAAAGGAAAACAGGACGUAUAAGUUGUCAUAGUAACCAAAAAUUGCACGUCGAGCAACUUGGCUCUCAAAAUAAACUGCAAAUGAAGCAAAUGGUUCUCUAAGCUCAACCCGUUAUCUAAACAACGCAGAGAGAUAUUUAACCCUAGAUUAAACCAAUUGCAGCCACGUUAGAGUCAAAAACGCUAUUCUUGGGUGUUUUCCAAACCUUCUUCUAGUUCUGUUGUUAGCGCAUCUUUCCAAAUAGAACUUUUAGGGGCCUCACGGAUUUCUUUCUUAACGUUAAAUCCGUUAGCACCCAAUUAACCACUACAGAUUUUCAUAGGUAGGACUAAAGUCAUAUCCUACACGUAUAUUUUGUGGGUGUUUUUUGCUUUCCAAACCCUAUAGGAACGUGACUUUAACGUAAUAAUUAGGUAUAAAGUUAGGCGUGCUCUUGCUUGGCCAUAGUAGAACAGUAAAAACCCGCGCGUAAGAACCUACAUUCUCUGCAGUUAGCCUAAACAGGUUCUUAUAUAAAUAGUGGUUAACACAAUUUUAGGCUAUUUACGUUCUUAGAUAGGUUCUUAUUUCCGUAAAAAAAAAUUUAAAAAAAAAACAAGCUACAAAACAAGAUGGUAAUCUGCGUAUUUUUCAAUUUCAAAAUGCGAUACAACAAUAUUAACCUCUUGCACUUUAUUUUUUUAUUACAUCAAUAAAUUAGCACUUUUAUUUGCACAGCAAUGCCAAGCUCCUAAUUCUCCAAACUGGAUUCUUGCACAGCUUUGCAGCUGCUUUUCACCAAUACGACUUUAAAAAAUAAGAACUUGUUUUUCAUUAUCUAGGCUAAACAGGUUCUUGUUUAUAGGGGGUAUAAAUGGCAAAUUUUAGGCUAACAGGUUCUUAAUUUUCAGGUUCUUACUCGCGGGUUUUUACUGUAGUAGUAGUAAAGUUAGGCCUAGGCCAAACAUCGAACUUUUCAGAAGACGAAUCAAACUCGUCUGUUGGGUCAGACGUCGAGCUUAGGACGUGUCGAACCAGUCAACUGAAUCAGAACAAAAAACAAUUUUAGCGGGCCAGGUGUUCAGUAUUAAAUUUCUCCCGAAAGAGGCUGAAAUAUACAUGACCAUACAAAUUUUCGAUUUAUUAGUUUAAUUUGUCGCAUGUGAAGAUCCACGCUUGUCACGGAGACGAUCUUCAGACAUACAGUAUCCGUCUGAAGUAGACGCAUAAAGCGUUUUUGGGCGAUCUGAUCUCAUUCUUCCCGGCGAGCAGAGGCCCUUCGAUCUUCCUAGAUAAGUCCCGACUUACCUAGGAAGAUCGAAGGGCCUCUGCUCGCAGGGUAAUCUCAUUCACGCAAACGUAAAUGAGCCAGACGUCGAACUUUUCAUCAACUUCACUCACUAAGCUUAGUUCGUCUCAUGAAAAGUUCGACCAAUUUGGAAUAGGCCUAACGCUAAUUCAAUCUUUCAGAAAUCAGAUAAUCUCAUAUGGAGCAACGCAGCCUUGAGAGAAGUUUGGCGAUCAACAGGCCAUCCAAACAUUGGUUGUGAGCCAUGA